AACAAAAAAAAAAGUGAAUAUUUUAUUUUCUUAUAAAAAGCGGAAGUCUUCUCUUCCGUCAUCGUCGCCGAUUUGCUAUUCCCGUCUGUUCAUCUCCGUUUUCCCCUAAAACACUCACACUAGGGUUAGAGAAAUUAGGAGAGAAGAGGAAGAUGAGUAGCACACCAGGAGCAACGGCGGCUUCGUCGUCGUCGAAAUCUAAAGCUACGGGCAGUUCUCAAGCGCCGGAGAAACGCAAACCCCUCUUUCAAAAAGAAUUGCAGCAUAUGAUGUAUGGAUUUGGUGAUGAGCAAAACCCGCUUCCAGAGACUGUGGCGCUUGUAGAAGACAUUGUUGUGGAAUACGUCACUGAUUUGACACAUAAGGCUCAAGAGAUAGGCACAAAGAGAGGAAGGCUACUAGUUGAUGACUUCUUGUAUCUAAUCCGCAAGGAUUUGCCAAAACUUAACCGUUGUAGAGAACUAUUGGCAAUGCAAGAAGAGCUGAAACAAGCUCGUAAAGCUUUUGAUGUUGACGAAGAGAAGAUUACUUCACUCGACUGAUUGAUUGAUCCUUCUUUCUUAUGAGUAUGCUUUUUUUUUCUUUUUUUGUUGUUGUGAUAAAUCUUCUGAAAGUUAGUCAGUGACCUUUUGAAAUCAAGACUGUAACUCAAUGUAACAGUGAACUCAUAUGUCUCUGUUUUAUUGUGUGUUUGUGGGUUGCAGAAAGAAACUAAAAGUCUAUAACAAUGAAGUAACCAUUUA